UCCUCUGGCUCUUUGUGUCUAAUUUUACUCUCCAAGAAAGAGCCAUUAGCCUGGGGUGGGGGCUGGGAUCAGCCUCUUCUCUCCUGGACCAAAGCUGCUCAACUGUCCUGGCGCUGUGCUUUCAGAAUUCCUUAAAAGUAAAAAUAAAAAUACAAAGGAAUGAGUAAAUAGAAUGGACACACUGAUCCAGAUAGGUUAUGCCAAUCUGAUAAUGCUGAUUACUGGCUUUGCUUUUGAAAGCUCCUGUCUCUGCUGCCCAGUGACCUAUACUGAAUUGAGACCAGUGGUUAGAAGUCAUGUGGUGCUUCCUUGUGUGUUUCACAGGUGGCAUCUUAGACUUUCAACAUUUGGGUAGGUGUCGGUUAAUUCUUUUAAGCACCGACUGAAAUAAAAAAAAUCCUUCUAUUAUUACUCUCUGACGUACUCAAUACAUAACCUGUAAUUAUUUCAAAAAAUACUUGUAAGUUUAAUUGGCAUAUUCUCUCCUAUUUCUUUGCUUUAAGUCUUUAAAUAGAGAAUCUUUCGCCAGGGGAAUCUACCUCAUUUUUAAUGCUGUUAUUCUCAUUAAGUAUCUGUUCUAUGAGGUACUCAUUUGUUGCUGAACCAGUUGGUAAAAUCUAAGGUUUUUUCUAAAGGAUGUGUUUGAUCUUAUUUUACACGCAUGCUUAUUUUAAUGUUUUUGAGGUUUGUAUUUUUUUUUCACGUGUGUAUGUCUAGAGCAAUGUCAAUAUUGAAAUAUUAAAAUACAGCACGUUUCUCUCUAGAUCUUACGGCUUACAGCUGCUAAGACUAAAAUGCAGUUGCAUCUCUAAUAAUGGAUUUUGGAAAAUGACUGUUUCAAGUUCUUACUGUGAUGGCCUUACCUUCAUGUCAGUUAGCAUUGGUGGCAGACACAGGCACAGCCCUGUAGUUGCUUGGCCCUAUAUUCAUCUAGUAUUUUAAAAACUUUCUGGAAGUGUUGUAGCAACAGAAAUGAUAGCAAAUGAGAUUAUUAUGGAAGGAGUUAUACUAAUUCAAAGAGCAUUGGAGCUUUAAAAAUGAAAAUGAGUAGAUAAGAUAUUCUGUAGUUCUCUUUCUAAAGGAUUUCAUCCUUUUUUAGUACCUCACCACUGUAAUAAUGUAAUUGGUCUUUUUCUCCCUUUCUUAUCAGCUUUAGAUAGAUGUAGACCAAUCUUUCAUCUGUGCAAGCUCAGUGAAGCCGGAAACAGAUAUUUUGUUAAGUGUAAUUCUCUUUGUUAAAUUCAUUUCUAUCUGCAUUGCCCUGUGACCUUUUCAUCCACGUCACCUACAUUUCUGAAAGCUGAAGAGGAUCAAUAUAUGAAAGUACAGGUUGUGCCCCUAAUCUUAAUUUUAAAAGGAAAACAAUAUCAAAUACUUUAUCAAACAAUGGAAUGUAUUUUUACUGCUGAUUGUUAACUGGGUACUUUGUUAGGUGUAAUUAAUAAAAAAUUGUUUGUUUUCUUGGGAGAAAUAUGUACCUUUCUGUUAAAAAGAUUUCACUUGGACUUGGUCUUUUUUUCCAACUGAUUCUGUUAUGAAGCACGUCUGUAACACCAGUGGCACUAUCAGAGAUGCCAGGACGUGCUGCAGUGCUCACUGUGGCCCACAGGUCAGCUGCCACUACAAGGAAGUUCUUCCCUGUUGCCUCCCAGGCCUCUUCCCACUUUUCAUUAUUUCUUCUGCAGGAACCUUUGGAAUAUGUUUUCCACAAUAAACAAACCACUGAGUGGUUGAGUAGAGCAUCCACUAAAAAGGGUUAGAAACUUGAGUUAAUACAGAGCACAGCUUUGUCUGUGUCUUGGCAGGCCAGUUGUGGGGAGCAUAUCAUACCAGCAUGCUUGGAGAAGUAUAUUUUGUCUUCUGUUUCAUGGAUUUCUGGGUAGAUCAAAUUUUCAGCUAUUUCUUAGUAGCCUGGGUCUUGUUUUUGCAAGAAUUUCGGUGUUCCUGCCAUCGUGCUGCUGUUGAGUGUGGUGUCAGUGCACAUGAACUGCUCCCUUGCCUUGCUAAAGACUGACUUUGUAGUGGCUUGGGAUCAAGUUCAGUUUGUAUUGUGGGAGCUGCCCUGAGGUGGUGGUGAGUUUGCCUGUGAGAGUUUUUAAAAGACAAGGUCUGGAGAUUCAGGGAAUUUCAUAGUUCAUACUGCAUUUGUUUGGUUUGGGGAGUGUGGGCACUUUCAUUGUGAGCAGUGCCUACUGCUGAGGUCCAGCUUUGUCCUCUUAAUGUCAUGUGGUAGUCAUGGCAGUGAAAUUGCUCAGUGAGUGAGAUAUUACUCAAGGUGGUAAAGACUGCACAGUCCUUCUGGAAACAAGGAGAAAACCAAGGAGAAACACAAGAGAGGUCACACUGUUGACACAGCGCUGGAGUAGUGGCUGGAUGUAGUGGUGUUCCAUUGAUUGAUACAAUUUUUCUAAUGAAAUAAAAAAGCACAACGCAGAAGUCCCUUCACAGAGGGAUUCAGUGAUUCAGAUUCCACAUCCAACAAGUACUAAAUGAGGUGCCAGGCCACAAAGCUAAAGAUCACUGGAUUGUACAUGCAUCAUGAAUGAAUCUGCCUCCAGUGGAAAUGGCCAGGAGUUUGAUGUAUUUAGUGUUAUGGACUGGAAGGAUGGCAUAGGUACAUUGCCAGGAAGUGACCUGAAGUUUAGAGUGAAUGAAUUUGGAGCCCUGGAGGUGAUUACAGAUGAAAAUGAGAUGGAAAGUGUUAAAAAAGCUAUGGCUACCACCACCUGGAUGGUUCCAACUGCUCAAGAAGCCUUUUCAGAAAAGACAGGGAUCUCCACAAAGUUGAAGGAAACUGCAAAAAUGGAUGGACUUGUUUUCUGUGAAAACUGUUACCACUAUGGUACUGUAGAAGAAUUUGUUCCUGAAGGGAAAUUUUGCAGCCAAAAAUGUGCCCAGCAAGUAAAAAACAAAGAACCAAAGGAAGAAAAGCCCAGCAUGGAAUGCAAUGGGGAAGAUGAAUCCAAAGUCAUUCGGAAAAGAAAAACAAAAUUACCUCUCAAAGAAGAGUCCAGGGAUAAUGAGGAGAAGAAAGAGAAUCCCGAUGAAACUGAGGAUAAAUCUGAAGGCAGAAUUUUAAGAGUCUCACAGAGAGCCAGAAGAAAAAGAAAAGGGGAAAUAACAGUUUUGAAACAAACUGUAUCCUCUAAAGGGAAGCAAGUGUGGUGUUGGGCAUCCUAUCUAGAGGAAGAAAAGGCUAUUGCAGUACCUACUAAGCUUUUUAAAGAGGUAUGACUUCUGAAGUUGAGAUCAUCAUCA